AUGGAAACUGUUCAAAAAAGAAGAGAUGCAAUGCAAAGACACAAUGGUACUAUAUGUCCUAACAUUCAAAUUCAUUUGGAGAAAAUGAAAGCGGAUGCAGGUGGAUCGAUUCCUAGAGAGAAUGGCAACGAGAAAUUUGAGGUUGUAGGGCCAUAUGGUGAGCAAUACAAGCUGGACUUGCAAGCUUGGACUUGUGGUUGCAGGAAGUGGGAUCUGUCAGGCAUUCCAUGUGCCCAUGUUGUGGCUGCUACAAAUUUCUUAGGUCAAGAACCAGAAAAAUAUGUUCAUCAGUACUAUAAGGUGGAGAGUUAUCUGAAGAUGUAUGACAAUAUGUUGACUCCUAUUAAUGUUAAAGAAACGUGGCCAAAAACUGAGUAUGCAAAGGUGCUGCCACCUGAUGUGAAAAAGAGAGCUGGGAGGCCUAAACAAAAUAAAAGAAAGGAGACUGAGGCACCAAUUCAAGGCAGAAAGCUAGGAACGCAGGGCACUAAAAUAACUUGUAAUAAUUGUGGAAAUGUGGGACACAACAGGAGAAGUUGUUAA